UGUUCCAAACCGAACGGCACUUGUUUUAGCCAUUAAUCCGAAUUAACUGUCUAUGUUAAUUUCGUCGCGUAGAUGGCCACCAAAUAGGCCAAUGAUUAGUCAGUGGUGCGAUGCCGACGGAGUGAAAAUAUGCGGGACAGUGAUUUUUCGCCCCUCAGGAAUCGGGGCCUGUUGGUGAUGGUGUCGUUGGCGAUGUCGACGGUGUUUUCGCAGCAAGAUGCGCCGCAGGCGAGAAUCUUCGACCUCUUAAAUUCGUCGGAGAUCCUGGCGAGUCCACGGGGAAUCGAGAAGAUCCGCGGCAGAUGCUGGGACUCAACCCUCAGCGCCCACAGCCCCGGGAACGCCGCAUACAGGUGGACCAAUCAGGCCGAGGUGACUUUGAGUACAGAGCAGAGCUUUCCCGACGGAUUCCCCGCAGAUUUUUCCGUCCUAGUGGUCGCGAGGACGCUCAAAGGGGCCAGCUAUCCGGUGUUCACCCUGUACAGUGACGAAGGCGACGAACAGCUCGUCGUCAACGUCGGUGACAACGUCAGCCUUUACUACGAGGACCUGGACGAGAUGCCUGUGGAAGGAAACCACGUGGAAUUUGAUAUAUCCAGCUACGACGAGACAUGGCACCGCUUAGCGUUCAGCGUCAAGGGAGAUUCGGUCACUCUGAUAUACGACUGCGACACCACAGUCACCAAAUCGCUCGCCAGGGAGCCCGCCUCGAGGCUAAGCAACCUGGGGGUCGUUACCGUGGGCUACCAGUUGUUUACUGACAGACGGUUCAAAGGAGACCUGCAGCUGCUAAUGAUAGCGUCGACCCCGGACGAGGCGUACGAGUUGUGCAAGACACACGCUCCGGAUUGUCUCUCCGAAGAAGCUUACGCUCACGUGCCGCUUAAUUUUACCGCCGCGCGGGAGGCGGCGGCGAUCCCCGUCCCCGGGGACGAUCUUGAAGGUACAACGGUUGCGUACUACGACGAGAUGACCCAAAUCGUUUACAACGACACCGUCGGAGUAGAGCCGUCGCCUUCCCGGUGUCCCCCGGGACCUAGGGGAUAUCCCGGACCACCUGGAACACCCGGACCGACGGGACCGAAGGGCGAACCCGGAAGAGACGGUUUGGCGGGCGCGGCAGGCCUCGCCGGACCCCCCGGUCACGUCUACGUCAUUCCCAUGACGCCUCAGGGAGACACCAAAGGCCCCGACGACCACGCCGAGACUUUCCGGCACAUGCUCGCCCAACACAUGAUCUCGAUGCGGGGAAUCGAGGGACCGAUGGGACUGACGGGCGUGCCGGGACCUCAGGGACUCACUGGUCCGGACGGCGCCAAGGGCGAACCCGGUGAAGUCGGCGAACCGGGUCCCACAGGUCCGAUCGGUCCUCCGGGGCUAACGGGACGCCAGGGACGCCGGGGCUAUCCCGGCAGGGACGGCGAUAGGGGAUCAAGUGGUCCCACUGGCUCCAAGGGCGAUUCCGGCCUUAUAGGGAUGCCGGGCGUGCCUGGGGACAAAGGGGACCGAGGACUGCCGGGUACACCGGGCGAAAGCGGUCCGCGCGGUCACCACGGCAUACAGGGCGAAGACGGCGCCCCAGGUGCCGCGGGAUCCGCCGGCGAAAUGGGCCCGAGGGGUUUUACUGGCCCCAGGGGCUUUCCAGGGCUUCCGGGUCCUCCCGGGAUACCCGGGGCGGAAGGUCCGAUCGGAAACAAGGGCAAUCAAGGUCCGCCAGGCGAACACGGGUCGCCCGGUCAGACGGGACCCGUGGGUGCGAUCGGUGCCCCGGGUCCUUCGGGCCUUAUGGGUCCUCCGGGAGUCGCUGGCCCUCAAGGCAAACCGGGUAUUCCUGGACUGCCUGGCGCGGAAGGUCUGCCGGGGGCAGGCGGCAAACCCGGGUUGCAGGGACCGAAAGGAGAACGGGGACCGAUAGGGCCCGUCGGACCUGCCGGUUUCCCGGGAAUUAGAGGAUCCAAAGGCGCAGAAGGGAAAAGAGGAACGAUUGGCGACAAAGGCGACAAAGGCGAGAAAGGAUUGGAAGGCGAAAGAGGCGAAACAGGACCGAAAGGCGAUGCCGGGCAAAGGGGACCCCAGGGACCCACCGGAAUUGAAGGACCCGAGGGACCUAAGGGAUCGGAGGGACCGACGGGCGAGACCGGACAGUCUGGACCAGCGGGCGAAAAGGGCAAAGAGGGUGCGCAGGGAUUUCCCGGUUAUCCAGGAUCCACUGGAGAAAAGGGAAACAAGGGAGACGCGGGCAAAGAGGGAGCUGUAGGUGAAAAAGGAGAUAGAGGCCACCCGGGCCCACUUGGCGAAAGGGGCGAAGCGGGACCGAGGGGCUUUAGGGGAUUACGUGGUAGAAGGGGACGCGAUGGCUUCCGAGGACCGAAAGGCGACACGGGGCAGCCGGGACCCGCCGGUCCCCAAGGCGAUACCGGCCCUCCGGGAAGCGAGGGUCCUAGGGGAUUCCCUGGGGCGACCGGUCCUCCCGGAAACGACGGCAAGGGUGGAAUUCCGGGGCAACCCGGAGAAAGAGGUGCGCCCGGAAAAACGGGUCAACCUGGUCCGGUAGGCUUGCCGGGUGUGGUAGGACCGCCGGGACCCAUAGGAGAGGUGGGACCGAUAGGGGAAGCUGGACCCGUCGGUCUGCCAGGACGUACCGGCGAAUCUGGACUUCCGGGUGAACCUGGCAAAGAUGGUGUACCCGGAAUCCCAGGUUCUGAAGGAAAAGAUGGCAUUCCGGGUCUUCCGGGACCUCAGGGGCCACCAGGAGAAAUGGGACCAGUCGGAAUCCCUGGCGCGGGCGGAUUGAAAGGAGACGUCGGCCCGAUGGGAACUCCCGGGGUACGAGGCGAUAAAGGGGAGCCGGGAGAAACGGGAGCGGAAGGACCCCCGGGGCCCCAAGGAGGGCAAGGACUUCCGGGUCCCCCCGGUUCGGCGGGCGCUAAAGGAGAACGUGGAGAGCCGGGACCCAUAGGAGUGGCUGGUCGGGACGGACCGUCAGGUCCCAGGGGACUCUCAGGAGCACCGGGUCCCAUCGGACCGCCGGGAGAAGACGGUGACAAGGGUGAAAUGGGAGCGCCCGGCGAAAAGGGCUUCAGGGGAUUGAAAGGGGAGCAGGGGCCGGUGGGAAACGUCGGUCCGCCAGGAUUAAGAGGAGAACCGGGCGCUCCGGGACCGAUCGGCGAGAAAGGACGGCCGGGCGAGAUGGGCAAACUGGGGUUCAAAGGAGAAGACGGGCCUAGGGGACUGCCCGGUCCUCCAGGGAUAAGUGGAGCGCAAGGACUGCCAGGGCCACCGGGAGCUAAAGGAGAAAUGGGCGACGCGGGUCCGAUAGGGCAGAUCGGACCUGCGGGACCCAUUGGAGAACCCGGUCAGAAAGGCGCCGACGGGACGCAAGGCCCACCUGGAGCCCCGGGUCUGACGGGUCCUCAAGGGCAGAAGGGGCACGACGGACUGCCGGGUAUCCCGGGUCCACCGGGAACCGAGGGGAAACAGGGCGAGGCUGGACCGCAAGGCGCGAAAGGAGAAGACGGCCGCUCUGGACCGCAAGGUCCGACCGGCCCGAGGGGUCUUCCGGGAGCGGACGGUCCAAAGGGACCCGCAGGAUCUCCAGGUUUUCCGGGACCUCCGGGCGAACCUGGACCGCAGGGAUCGAAAGGCGAACCGGGAACUCACGGCGAGCCGGGAAAAGCCGGUCCGGUCGGCCCUUCCGGAGAACAAGGUCCCCAAGGUCCUGUCGGGCCCUCGGGACCUUCGGGAAAACCGGGAAUGGAUGGGCCUCCCGGGGCGGAAGGAGUUUCCGGCAAUUCUGGAGAGAAAGGCGACAAGGGAAGUAGUGGCGCUACAGGUUCUCGGGGCAAUCCAGGUCCCGACGGUCCCGCCGGACCCGUGGGACCGCAGGGCCUUAGAGGAUCGCCGGGGGCAGCGGGCGAGAACGGACCACCGGGAAAACCGGGACCUGCGGGCGCGGCCGGCGCUUUAGGAGAGACGGGACCCCGGGGCCAGAAAGGCGACAGGGGACGCAGGGGACCGAAAGGGCACGCGGGGGCCGUCGGACCGGCGGGACCUAAAGGCGACGACGGAGAGCGCGGCGAACGGGGCGAAAAGGGGGACCCCGGACCCGAAGGACCCAAAGGGAACCCGGGCGCGACGGGUCCAGAGGGCCCCAAAGGAGACGGCGGGCCUCAGGGUCCUCCCGGGGAAGAAGGGCCCGCGGGUCCCAAAGGAUCGGUGGGUCCGGCGGGGCCGAAAGGCGAGCCCGGUCCCGUAGGCCCCGCGGGACUUUCGGGCCCGCCGGCCGAUAUGCCGCUCGUGCCUCCCGAGUUACUCCUGCAGCUGCAGGGGUCGACGACGAAGGGUCGCACCAAGCGCGACGUCGUCGACGAGCUCGACGUCAAGUUCCUCGACAUGUACUCGACGAUUUACGCGCUGACGCGUGAACUGGAGGGAGAACGGAACCCCACGGGUCGCAGGGAGAACCCGGCGAAGACGUGCGCCGACCUCCACCGCGGUCAUCCCCACCUCGAAGACGGUUGGUACUGGAUCGACCCGAACCUGGGGGCGACGGACGACGCGAUCCGCGCAUUCUGCAACAUGACGGCGGGGGGCGAGACGUGCGUGUAUCCGGACGAGGCGAACGCGCACGCGCCGAAAGCGUCGUGGAAGAGGGCGUCACGAGACGCCACCACGUGGUAUUCCGGUUUCCAUGGAGGCUCGAGGGUGACGUACGACGGGGUAGGGGCGGCUCAGAUCAAGUCGCUGCGGCUGUUUUCGCACGCGGCGCGUCAGAACUUCACGUACGUGUGUCGGAAUUCGGCAGCGUGGCGUGACUCGAGUACCGGAAGCCACGCCUCCUCCAUCAAGCUGCUCGGCGACAACGGGCAGCGGUUCGGGCACGCAGGUGUCAAGCCGAGAGUUCUCAUCGACGGAUGUCAAACGCGGCGAGGGGACAGCGAGACCGUGUUUGAAAUAAGCACGACCAAGAAAAUCGAACAGCUGCCAAUCAUUGACUUCCUUCCCGCGGAUUACGGGAAUCCAGACCAAGCUUUCGGGUUCGUCGUCGGCCCGUUGUGCUAUAAAUAAAUUCUGUAUAAGCUGUUAAUAAACAAUGCGUCUCGACACCGACUAGGGCAGUUUUCAUUCU